ACUGGUCCCCUGAACACGAAAGGCAAACGUCUCGAUCUGGAGCCGAUUCCCUACGCGAUCCUCGAACAGUACCUCGAUCGACAGCGAUUUCUCGGCAUUGACCGCUUAGAUCGGUUCGUCAACCAAUAUAAGACGUGUGCUGUUCGACAAUUUCCCGAUACGUCGAACAUGAUAUAGUGGGGAGGAGUUCGAUAUUUGGAACCACCACCUCUCGCAAAAGUCAUCGUCACUCUUUGAGAAAUACCCAUACCCACAUACGUUCUCUCGCUUUCUGUUUCGCCCAUCCACACUGUUCCACCACCUCCGUGAAACUUGCACAAUGGAAACGACCCUCACACAUCGGCCGUGGGAGCCUGCCACAACCGGACCGCAGAGCAUUCCAACCACUCAGACUCUGCCGUCUAUCUCAACAUUGACAGCAAUGACGGGCAUGCCGACCCAGGCUGAGAAAUCGCCUGGUAAUGCGUCGUUGAAUACCAUUGAGCGAGAUUCAGGGAACUGGUCUAUGCCUCAGAGCACGAGAUCUUCCACCUAUUCCACCGCGACAAACGGAACCGGCAACUAUCCCUCCCUUUCUUUUCUCACAUCAUCCCAACCAUCUCCGAACCGCGUCUCCCUUGUCUCCGACCGAUCCCCAUACCCCAAUGAUCUCUCCAGUACCACCACCCCUUCUUCAGCCGGAGCGCAGCCAUCGCCGAAUUUUGGGCACGCCCAACCUCCGACGACAUUGCCCUCGAUAAAUCAAAACUACGAUGCGCCUUCUCAGAGAGCCAGUAUUGCCGAGCCGGCGGAAUCGCGACGCAGCAGCGUGGAUAGCAGGAUGAACCAGGGGAUCAGCUCCCUUGCCAUAAACCCGGCUUCACCAUAUCACAGCACAAAUGCUUCUCAGUCUUCGAUUGUAUCCGGUCUACAAAGGGAGCGUGGCAUUUCGAUGGAUGUCAAUAUGAACAAUUCCUACCGGGGUCCUCGCUACUCUGCCGGACAGCCGCUUUCUCCACUUGGCCCACGGGCUGGCGAGCAUCGUAGCUUUGCGGCUGGCCGCACUGCGCCUGCAAUCUCGUCGAAUCCCCGGUCCGAGAUUUACAAUGCGGAAGCGCCCACCGCGGGUCUCGCGUACGCCUUCCCCGAUCCAGAUGUCGCCCGGUCGAAUUCUGUGUCGUCUACCGCCGAAAAACCUCUCAACGGUCAUCAAUUUACCCGCAAAGGAAGCACGGCAGAGUCCUUGGCCAGUAGUGUAUAUUCCGAUGCACGCCUGCCCCGUGGACAACAUGAACUACCGCAAAAUGUUCAUCACCAUACGCUCCAGCACAAGCAAGUCCGAGGUCUUAUCGGCGAGUCUGAGGCACAUGGUGGCAGCACCCCCUACAGCCGUACACCGGAACUACGCGUCACCCAUAAGCUAGCGGAGCGGAAGCGCCGGAGCGAGAUGAAGGAUUGCUUUGAGUCGUUACGCGUCCGUCUUCCGCAAAGUCAGAACAACAAGUCCAGCAAAUGGGAGACUCUCACCAGAGCAAUUGAAUACAUCGGGCAUCUGGAGAAAAUGCUUAACAAUGCUCGCCGUGACAACGAUGUCCUAAGAAGUGAGGUCGACGAACUGAGGACGCAGCUUAGCCAGCAACAAGCCAACGGGCAGUCGCGCCAGGCGUCAAUAUUUGAACAUCACUCCAUCUCUGCUCCGCAGACGAAUGGGCAAGUGCACGGACCGAUUUUUCCCAGCUACGCUCAAGGAUCUGCGAUGACGCAGGAGCAGCCUCGCACCUUACCUCCCCUUAUGAAUGGGUCGGUCGCUCCUAUGCAGGGUGUACAGUAUACCGAUGAUCGACGGUAGCUUGUCACAUAAUCAUUAAAUACCGAGUCACAGCCAAUGAUGGCUUUACUACGAAUGCAUCGGUGAUGAUUUAUCGGCGACUGCAAUCCAUUCACUCUGCUCUGUCCUAUGGACACUUACCAAGGAACGUCUAAGGCGCGACUGGCUUUUAGACUUCUCUUUCGGGCGGCUUUUCUCUUUCCGCGGAAAUUUGGUCUUCCUUCAACAUAUACAUAUUCCCUGAACUGUACCGGCAUAUCUUUUCGCACUGGCUUCCGGUGUUGACCGAAUCCGCUGCUUUCUUCAUCCUCUCUGUGU